AUGAAUGCUGAAACUUCGUCGUCAAGUGAGUGUAUUGAAUUCGCCCAGUCGCGACCGAAAGGCCUUUCAACAGUUUCCGGUGUAUUUGCUCCUGUUGCAUUAUCAAUGUUCAGCAUCUUGUUGUUCAUGCGAAUGGGUCAGUAUCUUCCAAAACCUAAACAUUGUAUGAGUGCAUCAGUUUCAGGGUUUGUCGUUGGUCAGCUAGGUUUCCUAAUGACGGUAGUACAAUUGGCGAUGGCUUAUGCUAUUGUUAUGCUAACUGUACUUUCACUUUGUGCUAUUUCAUCCAACGGGGCCGUUGAAGGAGGAGGAGUAUACUAUAUGAUAAGUAGGUCUUUGGGUCCAGAAUUUGGUGGUGCAAUUGGAGUUCUAUUAUUUGUCGCGAAUAUUUUCUCGUGCGCCUUGUAUAUUUCCGGUUUCACUGAGGCGCUUCUGAAUAAUCUUGGAAAUGGACAAUUCCCUGAUUCGCCAGCAUGGCGGUUCCUGUACUGCGUUCUGGUUUCAAGUGUAUUAUUUAUUUUGUGCCUACUUGGAGCUGGUAUUUUUGCCAAGACAGCGUUGUUCACAUUUGUUCUGAUUUCGAUAUGUUAUUCAACUUGGCUUUUUUCCUUAAUAUUUGAUGGACCUAUGGAAAUUCCAAUACCGAAAGUUAAUACACCCGCUUAUCGAGUCCACGAAAAUGCUUCAGAUCCGAACAGUCCUUUAGUGGUGCAAUUGAAUCAGACACUAACAGCUAACUACACUGGGUUCAACUUCCGAACACUUGGUGAAAAUAUGUUCACAAACUACACAAUGGAUUACACAACCGAACGUCCAACUGAUUUUGCGCUAAUGUUUGCAAUUAUUUUUUCCGGAGUCACAGGUCUUAUGGCUGGUGCAAACAUGUCCGGCGAAUUGGCUCGACCUUCAGUUUCAAUUCCUCGUGGAACGGUGCAGGCUGUCUUCACUACGUUGCUUGUUUACAUCAUAACUGCUUUCUUCAUGGCAGCGACGUCGAGCAGAUAUCUCUUACAAAAUGACUACACGGUUAUGAUGGACACCAAUUUCCAAAGAUGGUUCAUUCUUAUCGGCAUUUUCUCUACUACACUAUUUUCAUCAAUGAGCAAUUUGAUUGGCUCCUCUCGUGUGCUAAACCGACUUUCGCAUGACAAACUGUUCGGAUGUCUACUUCGCCCGGCGAAGAUAGAAAUUGGUGACCGGAAUCCUGUUGUCUCUGUUGUCAUAACAUGGCUUUGUGUUGUGGGUGUGUUUUUGAUUGGAGCGAUGAACAAAAUAGCUAAACUCACCUCCAUAUUCUUUCUUCUAUCCUAUAUGGGAGUAAACAUCGCCUGUCUUGCACUCGAGCUUACCAGUGCUCCCAAUUUCAGACCCACUUUCAAAUACUUUACUUGGUGGACGUGUGCACUUGGAGUUGUUUCAACUUCAACAAUGAUGUUGGUGGUCGAUGCAUCGAUGAGCGCUAUCGGCGUAAUUGUACUCAUGUCGCUCAUCAUGGUUCUCCAUUACCAAGCCCCAGCGAUCUCAUCGGGCUCAAUAUCGCAGGCACUGAUCUACCAUCAAGUCAGGAAAUACCUGUUGUUGUUGGACGUCAGAAAAGAGCAUGUGAAAUAUUGGCGUCCGCAAAUCUUGCUACUAGUAUCGAGGCCAUCGUCUGCAUGUCCACUAAUGGAUUUCGUCAACGACCUCAAGAAAUCCGGUCUGUACGUAGUUGGACACGUACAGAAAGGUGAUUUGGACGCGAACGGUGCCGUUGAUCCACUUCAGCAAGUUUUCCCUUACUGGCUUUCGCUUGUGGAUUAUCUCAAAUUAAAAGCAUUCGUUGAGUUGACUAUUUCAAAUAGCAUUCGACAAGGUAUUCAACAGCUCAUUCGUUUAUCCGGUCUGGGUGCAAUGAAGCCAAAUACAGUCGUAUUGGGUUUCCAUGAAGCUGCACCAAUCAAUGCAACCUUGCAGGAAUCACAGCUUCUCAAGGACUUACGUUAUUCGAAGAUUGAUCGAGCGGCUGUCGUUGAGUACUUUACUGCUAAGGACUAUAUGCCGAAAGAACUCAAUGGUAAUUUGGAACGCUUAACUCCAUCAGAAUACGUAAAUGUUCUAAAAGACGUGUUAUAUAUGACGAAGAGCCUAUGUGUUGCGAGACACUUCCAUAAGCAUGACAAAGAAAGUCUUUCUCAAAGUUGGAAUCAGAAAAGAUUUAUCGAUGUAUGGCCUGUCGAUCUGCAGAAGCCUGUUGAGACUGGGCUUGGUUGGGACAACAGUUCACUAUUUUUGCUACAACUCGCGUGCAUUCUUUCAAUGUCCUCAAGGUGGCGGUCUCAUUCUCGGCUGAGAGUGUUUAUAUGUGUGAACAGUUUGCAGGACAUGCACCGUAGAGAUCGCCAAUUAAAGCAGAUGUUGGACAUGCUCCGUAUUAAAGCAGAGUCCAUUGUUGUACCAUGGGAUCACGUCGUGUGCCAUUUUCCACAGAUCAGCGGACCAUUCGCUAAUACGCAAAGGCCGACAAUCGAUCUUCCGGGAUCAUACUUGUCCGCAUUUAACGACAUGAUUAAACGUUACAGCGAGGAGGCAGCGAUUACGCUACUAAAUCUUCCACUACCGCCUGAUGAUGCGAACAAACAUGCUGACAGGUAUUUGGAUCAAAUUCGUUGUCUAACUGAUGCGCUUCCACCUACACUGAUGGUUCACGGUGUGUCAUCUGUUAUCUCCACAGCCCUCUAA